GAACCUUUGCAAUUCCUUCAUGUUUUCUUAUUAAAAAAAUCAUUUUUAUUUUUUCCUAAUAUAUUAUUUUCUCGUUUCAAAAAAUAUAUCUAUAAUUAUAAACAUCGAUUUCUUAAAUUUUUCACGUUCUUAAGUUAUCAAACAAAACAAACAUGUAAAUAAGUAAUAAAUCAUGGCGACACUCACUACUUCUACGAGAUUAUUUAAUUUUGUUACAAAUACCUGUAUCAAAAGAAUUCUUCCGACUUUAACGUAUAAAAAAUACUACCCAGUAUCAAAAUUAUGGGAAAUAAGAGUAGAUGGAUAUCGUACUCGAUAUAAGUUACCUUGGUUCAAUUCAUCAUCAAAUUAUCAAGAAGAAAUGCCUGAAUAUGAUGAAAAAAAAGAAAAAAUAGCAGUUGAUGUAAUCAAUGAAAUUAAUAAACAAAUAGCUACUAAAUCAACUGGUCGCUUAUUUGCAGUCAUACAUUUACUAGGAAAACAAUUUAAAGUCACAGAAAGUGAUAUUAUAGCCAUUGAAGGUAAUUGGCCACCUCAACCAGGAGAUGAAAUAAAAUUAGAAAAAGUAUUAUUAGUUGGCAGUAAAGAUUUCACUCUUAUUGGAAGACCUAUUCUAAACAGAGAAUUGAUAUCAGUUGAUGCAAUUGUAAUACAAAAAACUUUGUCUCAUACAAUAACAAAUUUCAAAAUGAAAAAAAGGAAACAAUAUAAAAGAUUAAAUUUUUAUAGGAUACACAGAACAAUGUUAAGAAUAACUUCUAUAAAUAUAAAUGGAGAUAUUGAUAAAAAGAAAGAAGUUGAAGGUUUAGAUAGAAUAUAUUAAUUAAUAAAUAAUAUAAUGUAAAAUAUUACAUCAUUCAA